AUGUUUAUUAGUGAAAUACCAGUUCGUUAUUAUGGAGAAAAAUCUAUUAAAUGGAUAAAAGAUUUAAAUAAUCAAACAACAGUUAAAGAUAUAAUUUUAUCUGUAUUACCAUCAUGUGAUCCAAAGAAUUAUUCACUUUAUAUACGUACAGGUCGUUAUCGACAAAUAUUAAAUAAUUCAUCAUAUAUUUAUAAAAUAGUUGCAUCAUUUAAUCAACAAUAUUAUGCUCGACGUUUAUUUUUUGAAAUACGUUCAAAAAAAAUUUCUCAAUUAAAUAAUAAAAAACAUGUUAGAUUUGCUGAUGAAAUAAUUAUACAAAAUAUUCAAGGUCGUUGUUGUAUAUCAAAUGAAAAAUUAACAUCAAAUAUGAUUGAAACAAUAUCAAUACCAAUUGAAAAACGUCUUGAAAAUUUAAAAGAAAAUUUUCAAAAAUAUGUUCAACAUAAACAAGAAAAUUAUAUAAAAUUAUCAUCAAUUUCAAAACGAUCAACACUUAAUAUUAUCAAUGAAAAUAUUCCUAAACAUGUUUGUGUACAAAAAGCUAUAAUACGACAAAUUUCAUGUUCAUCAAGUGAAUCGGGUAUUAGUUCAAGUGGAUCCAAUGAUGAUUUUCUUCUACCAACAACAAUGUUAGAAACACUUGUUUAA